GGUAAACGCUUCGACGCUCUGAACAAAAUCAGCCAACAUUUGACCCGCGCUGGCUAUUCAGGCGCCAAGGCAAUCAGCGAUCGUAAUGGACGUAUACAGGACCGCUGGAACCAGGUCAGCGGACCGAAAAUGAAGACCCUGCUGUCCUUCCUGCAGUUCCCACAGAGACGGUCCGAGCUGCUUGAGCAAAUGGAUCUAACUGUUGAUCGCAUUAAAGAACUGGGGGUAAGUCUGAUUUGGUCAAUUUUUUGUAUAAAUAUUUAA